GUCUGUCAGGGAGAGUACAUUGCAAUGCAGCUCUCUGACAGUAUAUAAUAAUAUAUACUUCCAGACAAGAUUGUUAUCGAUUUUCUUUUGUUUUUGCAAGACGGGGUCUGCAAACAGCGUGCCAUGGUUACUUUUGCCUUCAUUGCUCUUCACAUUAAUUCUGCAAAUUCCUAAGUUGGGUGCUAGCUAACGCGUAACAGUAGUUGUUCCCUUGAUCUUUCGAUUGGUCUACGUUCAAGGAUUUUUGGCGCUCAGAACAGAUAUCAAAAUAGAUUUUUGAGCAAGCUUGUAAGAAUGGAUUUUAAAAACGUUACAAGCGAUUUCAGCUCUAUCGCCGCUAACUUGGUCAACAGGCCCGACAGAAUCCCCGGGCUUUCCUCGCUGUCGGUGCCCGAUAAUCUCUUCUCUCCUGGACCAACAACUGUACUGUCACCCGUCACUAAUCUGGCCCUAAACAUGAACAAUCUAGCUGGUCUUGGAAGGUAAGAGUAUCAUAAAAACGUGUGUUGCUAUGUUGGCUAGCUGGCUAUGUUUCCAUACUAGCUAACUGGGUGUGAACUGAACGAUAAUCUUGGUUGGGUUCGCCAUGAGCUAGCUAACGUUGGGCUAGUUUUCUGGAUAAUAUGACACAAACAUUUAGCUACCCUAGCUAUAUCAGCUAGCUAGUUAGCUUGCUAACUUGGCUAGCUAACCACUUGUUUGUUUCAAGCCAAUGAAAAUGGCCAACUUGCUGACUGUUAGCAAAGUGUGUCUGAUUGUGUACCCCAUUGCUUUACAGCCAACAAUGUGAUACUCCCAAGAGGAAACAACAUGUGCCCCUUCUGAAGAUUCCCUCCUUCGCCUCCGACUGCUCGUCUGAUGCUGGUAAGACAACAUAAUAAGAUGGCUGCAAAUGUUUAACCCCAAAAAGUGUAAAUAAGAUGGCGACAAUAGGAACACCAGCUUCCUACUUGAACUAUUUAUUCGUUUUCUGUUCAUCCCAUAUAGGCCUUAUAUUUUGUCAUGUCCUCUGUUUUUAGUUCCACUCUUCUUUUUACUUGUGCAGUUUGACCACCUUGAAAGCAUGAGGGACAUGGUGCCAGUACAGGACACGAUAGGAUUGAAAUGUUAUGAACGGGACAGGCAAAAAGCCUAACUGUACAGGAUUGGAUAUUUACUCCCGUGGCACCCUUUUAGUUUAGGCGUGUGUGUAAAUGUGUUCAGAAUUUGCAUUGUUACUAUUUUAACUGUUACAACUGUGCAAUGAGCUAACGGCUAACUGAGACUCGUUUCUACAUCUUCCUCCAGGUCUUGGUAUGGAUUCCCCCAGCCCCAUAGAACCCAUGGAUGUUGAGGAGAGGUAAGUGAUAGUCUUGUCUGUCCCAAUCAGUCUCUCUGUGGUAGCAUUGCGUCCCCCCCUCUUGCCUUUCCUUCCUCCCUACUAUCCCUCCACCCCCCCCCUCUUAUUCUCCUCCACCCCCCCUCUUAUUCUCCUCCACCCCCCCUCUUAUUCUCCUCCACCCCCCCCCUCUUAUUCUCCUCCACCCCCCCCUUCAUAUUCCAACUGAACACGGCUGGCUAGUCCAUCUCAUCAGUUGUGCUUACUGUCAUUGUGUCGUUGGUAAAGCUUCAUUGUGCCGUUGGUAAAGCUCCAUAGCUUGAUGCUUCGUUCAUUUUCAUUAAGCAGAUAAGAUGAUUAUAGGGCAACAUUCCUUUUGAUCACAGGAGUUGAGGCUGAUUGAAGAUGUUCAAUCUACAUUCAAUUCAACUAAUGAUUCAUUGCACCCCCAUAAAGAUGCAAUACCAUUCCUGUUGCCCUGUAUUACUGAAGCAAACAGGUGCUGUUAUGUAAUAGGCCCUAUUCCCAAUACGUAAGAUGGAGUGACAAGAGUUUUCUACUUUUCAAUUCACGUUACAUCCUUGCCUUACCCUUCGCGGUGGCUGGCAAUGCCACGUUCUUGGUCCGCAGCUCGAAUUGACCAUAAAUAUCACAGUAGCCAGUAAGCACUAACUACUCAACAAUCCAAGCAACUUUUCUUCUAAAACAUAUUACAAUAUUAAAUAAUGAAACCAAACCAUGUUACACUCUUGAAUAAUGCAACAAUCCACAAGCAUGUGCAGAUAAUUAAAAUGGGUUAUUUUCUCGUCCGUACACAUUAACUUAGCUGACAAUGCACAGCUAACUCCUGCUAACGAACAACAUGCUUCACGAUCAAGUAACAUUAGCAUAUCAAUAAUGAACAUCUACCCCUCCCAUACUAAUAUAUAUAUAUAAAAGUACAGUAACGUUAUCAUAGUGUCAUAUUAUAAUAUAGGCCACACAGCUAGGUAACAUUAGCUAGCUAAACUAAAUAAUUUCUGCAUCCUCACAAAGGUGCUGGCUGAAUGCUGAUGUUUAGCUGAACCAUAGCUAGAUAGGAGCUCUUAGGCUUACGCUAGGUACCGUAUUAAAGUUACCUUAGAACAAACCAGGCUUCAUUUGCUCAAUAUACUUUGUCAUGAGUUAAAAGCAAAUUGCUACAAUUUCAGGUAACUCAAAACAAGUGCCAAAAAUAAGAAAUGUCUCUACGUUUUUGAGUUGUUUCAAAAACUGCUAUGCUAUUACAGUUUUUACUGUUGGGGCAACAAGACAUUUCUGUUUACACUGCCCUGCUUGAAGGGGGCAGCUGUUGGGCGAGUGUCGUGAAUUACCCCCGGAAGUAGCAGUCGAGACGUGACAAGUUUACGUUGCUUUAUAUGUGUAGCCAAGGGUAUUUUCGCGAGAAGUCUAGCAAGUGUGAAGACCCUCGUAGAUAUUUGAUCUACCGGACUUUUGAGAAAGGCUUUGUUAGGUAACUUGAGAGCUUUUCUAGAGACAUUUUGUCCACAGGACCUGGGCCCUGUCAAAGUUUAGAAACGGCUGCAUUUUCCCAAGUGGUUCUUUUAAAGUGUUGUGCUAACACGUUAUCUCUGUCAUAUCGAUGCCAUUAUCUACAUAGUUUGUUUCAUUAUCUGCUCUAGCCUAUAAUCUGUGGGUAGUCUCUCGCGGGGUCUCUGUCUCGGCACACUCGGGGUGAAUAUCCAGACAUCUGCUGACGUCUCUGAACACUUGGCUGCAGCAUUUGUUCUGAGGCCAUUCAUUCAGCUCCCGUACAGCUGUUUAAUGGCUCACUGCAGUAUUUUCGGGGGGGGGGGGGUAACCGGUGUUGGGAUUUAAUAGUGAUAGCCCCCCCCCCCCCUGUUUUUUGGCACACUCAUAGCCUGUCUGUCUUAUGGUUUGAAUGGUAAAGGGGAGGGGUCGCCGGUCUCUGUGCCGGAGAUAUUGAAUAGGGGGCACCUCGUACCCCCAAGCCCCCUAUAGUCUUUACGAGAACAAACUCAAUCACCCCUUCUCCCCAUUGAACCAGACACACUCCUCCUGCCCCCCUCAGUUCUCCACUCUGCAAACAAAGGCUCCUUGCAGAAUGGCUGAGGGUAGCGUUGUUACUUCAGCAGGCAUACGGAAGAUUAGCAGACCCUGUCUUCUGUACUCCCCCCCCCCCCCCCCCCCCCCCCCCCCCCCCCACACUCAGCUCUCCUCUCCUCGCUGCUUAUUUAGCAUACAGGUGCAGAAAGAGCGAGGAGGGACCACCCUUCUCCUCUAGCACAGGGCUGUAACCGUCCGUCCUCUGUCCCUCCCUCCCUCUCUAUAGAGCCAGCAAGGCUCUUUGUCUGUUUCACUAGUUUAGCUACCAACUGUGGUCCUCUGUAGCUCAUUUGGUUAAUGCAUGGCACUUGCAACGCCAGGAUAGUGGGUUCGAUUGCCGGACCACCCAUACAAAAAAAGUAUGCAAGCAUUAGCUUCAUAAGCUGUUUAUUUGAUUAUUGGCUUUGACUAGUGUGAGAAGACAACAUUUGGUGAUAAUAAUAAUAUGCCAUUUGGCAGACGCUUUUAUCCAAAGCGACUUACAGUCAUGUGUGCAUACAUUUUUACCUGUGGGUGGUCCCGGGGAUCGAACCCACUACCCUUGGCGUUUCAAGCGCCAUGCUCUGCCAAUUGAGCUAGAGGACCACACAACAAUCACAACAGGAUACAAAAUGAAUGCUAGCAGUAGCCUACAUUGGGUGUACUAUUUUCAAUUACAGCAUUAUUAAAUCUGCAGUUAUUCUUCUGCUAUUUAUUCUGUUACCAGUAAUAUUUACAUGUUAAUAUUAUCUUCUGAUUAUAAUUAUUCUACCUCAUCAUUUUAACUAAAUACAUUUAAAUUGAAUACAUUUAAAUUGGUCAUUUAGCAGACGCUCUUAUCCAGAGUGACUUACAGGAGCAAUUUAGGGUUAAGUGCCUUGCUCAAGGGCACAUCGACAGAUUUUUCACCUAGUCGGCUCGGGGAUUAGAACCAGCGACCUUUCGGUUACUGGCACAACGCUCUUAACCACUAAGCUACCUGCCGCCCCAAAUGCAAUCUAUUCGCUUCCAAAAUGUAAGUAGGUAUACAGUUGAAGUCGGAAGUUUACAUACACUUAGGUUGGAGUCAUUUAAAACUCGUUUUUCAACCACUCCACAAAUUUCUUGUUAACAAACAAUAGUUUUGGCAAGUCUGUUAGGACAUCUACUUUGCUUGACACAAGUCAUUUUUCCAACAAUUGUUUACAGAUUAUUUCACUUAUUUACUGUAUCACACUUCCAGUGGGUCAGAAGUUUACAUACAAUAAGUUGACUGCCUUUUAAACAGCUUGGAAAAUUCCAGAAAAUUAUGUAAUGGCUUUAGAAGCUUCUGAUAGGCUAAUUGACAUCAUUUGACUCAAUUGGAGGUGUACCUGUGGAUGUAUUUCAAGGCCUACCUUCAAACUCAGUGCCUCUUUGCUUGACAUCAUGGGAAAAUCUAAAGAAAUCAGCCAAGACCUCCGGAAAAAAAUUGUAGACCUCCACAAGUCUGGUUCAUCCUUGGGAGCAAUUUCCAAACGCCUGAAGGUACAACGUUCAUCUGUACAAAUAAUAGUACGUAAGUAUAAACACCAUGGGACCACGCAGCCGUCAUACCGCUCAGGAAGGAGACGCGUUCUGUCUCCUAGAGAUGAACGUACUUUGGUUUUAAAGUGCAAAUCAAUCCCAGAACAACAGCAAAGGACCUUGUGAAGAUGCUGGAGGAAACAGGUACAAAAGUAUCUACAGUGGGGGGGAAAAGUAUUUAGUCAGCCACCAAUUGUGCAAGUUCUCCCACUUAAAAAGAUGAGAGGCCUGUAAUUUUCAUCAUAGGUACACGUCAACUAUGACAGACAAAUUGAGGGGAAAAAAUCCAGAAAAUCACAUUGUAGGAUUUUUUUUGAAUUUAUUUGCAAAUUAUGGUGGAAAAUAAGUAUUUGGUCACCUACAAACAAGCAAGAUUUCUAGCUCUCACAGACCUGUAACUUCUUCUUUAAGAGGCUCCUCUGUCCUCCACUCAUUACCUGUAUUAAUGGCACCUGUUUGAACUUGUUAUCAGUAUAAAAGACACCUGUCCACAACCUCAAACAGUCACACUUCAAACUCCACUAUGGCCAAGACCAAAGAGCUGUCAAAGGACACCAGAAACAAAAUUGUAGACCUGCACCAGGCUGGGAAGACUGAAUCUGCAAUAGGUAAGCAGCUUGGUCUGAAGAAAUCAACUGUGGGAGCAAUUAUUAGGAAAUGGAAGACAUACAAGACCACUGAUAAUCUCCCUCGAUCUGGGGCUCCACGCAAGAUCUCACCCCGUGGGGUCAAAAUGAUCACAAGAACGUUGAGCAAAAAUCCCAGAACCACACGGGGGGACCUAGUGAAUGACCUGCAGAGAGCUGGGACCAAAGUAACAAAGCCUACCAUCAGUAACACACUACGCAGCCAGGGACUCAAAUCCUGCAGUGCCAGACGUGUCCCCCUGCUUAAGCCAGUACAUGUCCAGGCCCGUCUGAAGUUUGCUAGAGUGCAUUUGGAUGAUGUCAUAUGGUCAGAUGAAACCAAAAUAGAACUUUUUGGUAAAAACUCAACUCGUCGUGUUUGGAGGACAAAGAAUGCUGAGUUGCAUCCAAAGAACACCAUACCUACUGUGAAGCAUGGGGGUGGAAACAUCAUGCUUUGGGGCUGUUUUUCUGCAAAGGGACCAGGACGACUGAUCCGUGUAAAGGAAAGAAUGAAUGGGGCCAUGUAUCGUGAGAUUUUGAGUGAAAACCUCCUUCCAUCAGCAAGGGCAUUGAAGAUGAAACGUGGCUGGGUCUUUCAGCAUGACAAUGAUCCCAAACACACCGCCCGGGCAACGAAGGAGUGGCUUCGUAAGAAGCAUUUCAAGGUCCUGGAGUGGCCUAGCCAGUCUCCAGAUCUCAACCCCAUAGAAAAUCUUUGGAGGGAGUUGAAAGUCUGUGUUGCCCAGCGACAGCCCCAAAACAUCACUGCUCUAGAGGAGAUCUGCAUGGAGGAAUGGGCCAAAAUACCAGCAACAGUGUGAAAACCUUGUGAAGACUUACAGAAAACGUUUGACCUGUGUCAUUGCCAACAAAGGGUAUAUAACAAAGUAUUGAGAAACUUUUGUUAUUGACCAAAUACUUAUUUUCCACCAUAAUUUGCAAAUAAAUUCAUUAAAAAUCCUACAAUGUGAUUUUCUGGAUUUUUUCCCCUCAUUUUGUCGGUCAUAGUUGAUGUGUACCUAUGAUGAAAAUUACAGGCCUCAUCUUUUUAAGUGGGAGAACUUGCAUAAUUGGUGGCUGACUAAAUACUUUUUUCCCCCACUGUAUAUCCACAGUAAAACGAGUCCUAUAUCGACAUAACCUGAAAGGCCGCUCAGCAUGGAAGAAGGCACUGCUCCAAAACCGCCAUAAAAAAGCCAGACUACGGUUUGCAACUGCACAUGGGGACAAAGAUUGUACUUUUUGGAUAAAUGUCCUCUGGUCUGAUGAAACAACAAUAUAACUUUUUGGCCAUAAUGACCAUCGUUAUGUUUGGAGGAAAAAGGGGGACGCUUGCAAGCCGAAGAACACCAUCCCAACCGUGAAGCACGGGGGUGGCAGCAUCAUGCUGUGGUGGUGCUUUGCUGCAGGAGGGACUGGUGCACUCCACAAAAUAGAUGGCAUCAUGAGGAAGGAAAAGUGUCGAUUUUAUAUUGAAGCAACAUCUCAAGACAUCAGUCAAAGAUAAAGCUUGGUCGCAAAUGGGUCUUCCAAAUGGACAAUGACCCCAAGCAUACUUACAAAGUUGUGGCAAAAUGGCUUAAGGACAACAAAGUCAAGGUAUUGGAGUGGCCAUCACACAGCCCUGACCUCAAUCCUAUAGAAAAUGUGUGGGCAGAACUGAAAAAUCGUGUGCGAGCAAGGAGGCCUACAAACCUGACUCAGUUACACCAGCUCUGUCAGGAGGAAUGAGCCAAAAUUCACCCAACUUAUUGUGGGAAGCUUGUGGAAGGCUACCCGACACGUUUGACCCAAGUUAAACAAUUUAAAUACAAUGCUACCAAAUACUAAUUGAGUGUAUGUAAACUUCUGACCCACUGGGAAUGUGAUGAAAGAAAUAAAAGCUGAAAUAAUUAUCUCUACUAUUAUUCUGACAUUUUCACAUUCUUAAAAUAAAGUGGUGAUCCUAACUGACCUAAAACAGGGAAUUUUUACUAGGAUUAAAUGUCAGGAAUUGUGAAAAACUGAGUUUAAAUGUAUUUGGCUAAGAUGUAUGUAAACUUCCGACUUCAACUGUAUCUAGCUGUCCGAUGACACGGAAUGGCUUGUCCUGCACUUUGUAAAAACUGGGCAAAAGAGUUGAGUCCUCAUUCAAAGCAGAGGGCAGUGUGAAUACACUUUAAAGAGAACUGAGAUGGGUUUCUUUUUAAAGAGGACUAUAUGUGAACACCCUUAGACUUACCCAGAAAGACUCACAGCUGUAAUCAAUGCUAACAUGUAUUUACUCAGGGGGUUGAAUACUUGUGUAAAUGAGAUUUCUGUAGUUUCACCGUGUCAUUAUGGGGGUAUUGUGUUUAGAUGGGUGAGAUAAAAAAUAAAAUAAAAAUCAGGCUGUAACACAACAAAAUGUGGAAAAGGUCAAGGGGUUUGAAUAGUUUCUGAAGGCAAGAUAUCUUUAAAAAAAUAAAUAAAAAAAAAAUCAUUCGUAUGGGUGAUUCACAAUAUAUAUAUUUUAAAUCAUGUUUUCUCUAAGCUUUGUUGCACAAUGUUAAGGUCAAUACACUGCAUAUUAAACAGUCUGCAAUAAUCUAAUGAAUUCAGGGCGUGCGAAAUUAUACCUAGGCUAACUCUACAACUGUAAGACCCACUAAUAAUGUAAUUAUUUUAUCAAAAUUGUUUAACUUGCUUUUUUUUUCUCCAUGAAUCACUGAUCUGGCUUUCAAGCCUGUCCUAUGAAAUUUUUUUUGUUACACAUUUGACCAGAACCACAUUCACCAAUAGUGACCAACUUCUGGUAGCAGACAUUAUAGAACAUGAACACAGGUAUCAUAAUCGAUCUCUCAAGCAUAAAGUCCACGUGCUAGUGAGUAGCCGGCUAAUCUUCAUAUUUAAAGUCUAGCAAACGUAGAUCUAUUUGCUUGCUAACGAGGUAGAACAGUUGAACUGUUAUGAACACACCCUCCUGUCCGUCUCCCAACUGUUUGAACAACAUAACCGGUUCGCUUUAUUUAGAUGUUGAAAUCAAGUCGCCUACCUUGGAUAAGAUGCUUAUUUAUCAGAAUGAGAAUGAGUUGCCAAUUCCUAUUAUAAAUGAGUCAUUUUAUGCUCAUUGCACAUUUUUAUAAACCCGACUAGACAGACCUUAAGCUAUGAUGCAACCCAACUGGCACCCUGUUCCUUAUCUACUGUUUUUACCAGGGCCGGAGAAUAGGGUGUCAUUUGGGACCGCCUACCUAGGUGGGAUCUUGCUUGGCUCAGUCACCCCCUCACUGGUUCAGAAGUUUCUCCACUAAUUAUCUCACUGAAUGGUUUUGUCUUUUGUUCUCCUGCAGGUUUGAGAAGGCCUUUCUGCAGUCUGGGAGAGUUGGCAAUGAGUAAGUCAUGUAGCUAGUGCCACCCUCUGCUGCUCUACUCUCUUGGUUUCAAGGAGAAGGACCUGGGUAGUUCAGUGACCUGCCAACAACCAAUAAUCAACGGUUUUAUUUUUUCCUACUCAGCCUAGCUAUGUUGCUCUUCGGGGAGUUGUUGGGAUCAUUAACGCAGAACAUCUCAUCUCAUUUAUUGAUCUAGUGUGUCCAUCCACCGUUCCAACUAGAUUCUUCUCUUGACAGUAAAAUGCCAAUCCGAAGAAUCAACUCUCUACCGCUGCUGCUUGGCUCCAGUCCGGCUCUGAAGAGCCGGGACCCAGAGAGCCGGGACCCAGAGAGCCAGCAGCGGCGCUACGGGGCCUUCGGACACUACGGCUCAGUCCAGGAUACAGCCUCCUCCUCUGGGCAUGGCGGACAGGGCAACAAGGAGAACCAGGAGGAGGGGUUUGAGUUUAAGAAGCCCUCCAAGCCCGCGUCGCGCUGCCGUACGAGGUCCUUCCAUAGUGGAGGAGGCCAGAACAAGGACUUUGCCCGUCGGCCCAACUCUGCCCCAGCACUCAUGGUGGGUAGUACAGAGAGUGACUGACACACCCCUUAGCCCUUCACACACGUCAACACAUUACAGUGGACCAGAUGUUGUUGUAGUUGUGAGUGAUUUAAAAAAAAAUGAAAGCUAAGCCUUCUUCUCCUCCCUUUCACCUCUAGCUGUCCCCGCCCUCGUCGCAGCGCCUCAACUCAUUGGAUGACAGCAGCCCCAUGUUUCUGCGCCGCUCCUCCCUGACCUGCUCCCUUAAUGAGGAUGAUGAUGAUGGUUUCCUUGACGUUCUGGAUGACUGUGAAGAGACGGAGUGUGACAUGCCCUUGGGGAUGGCCAGCCUGCUCACUGCUCCACUAGUGAGGGACAUCACCGCAGCAGACUCGGUAGGAGGCAUCACCUCUUCUGCUAGUGACGUGGCCGCGUGGCGUUCUGUGGAUGUGACACCAUCUGUCUUGUCCUUGGUUUAAAAUGUCCAGCAGACUUUUGGUUUCUCUGUAGAGCUACCUUUAGAUUUGGUUGCUGCAGAUGUCCAUAGUUUUUAUAAUUGCAGACCAAUCUAAUCUCUUCCUAAUCUCACCCUCUUCAGAUGGUGGUUGGUUGUCGUCCGCGGGGUCUGUUCCGCUCCCCCUCCAUGCCCAGUCAGUUGUGCCGCGCCCCCCUCAAGCGUCCCGAGCGUCCCCGGGAUGAGAACACGCCUGUCAGGGUGAAGAGGCGACGCAGCCUGGCGGAAACGCACAUCACCACCGUAGACCAGGAUGACUGCUCUCCCAGAAAGAUGGUAGGUACCUGAUCAAUGUCUCCCCUUACAGUCAACUGGUCCUGGUACUCCCUGCUCAAUGUCCUCUCUCCUCUCUGUCAUUUUGUAACCACACAGAGAUCUAACUGUUCCUUCUCUCUCUCUCUCUCUCCUUCCAAGUCGUUCUGUAACCACACAGAGAUUGAGAAGCUGCUGGACACUAGUGAGUCUGACCAGGACAAGGAGCUGAUUGGAGAUUUCACCAAACCUUUUGUCCUAUCCACCGUGGAGGGCAAACAUCAGGACCUGAAAUACAUCACUCCUGAGAUGGUGAGAUACAGCAUGCGUCUCAAAUGGCCCCCGAUUAUUCCCUAUUUAGUGGACUGCUUUUGACCAAGGCCCCCAGUCUUCUCUCCUCACAACCUCCAGCCUGCCAAGCCCCUUCAGUUUAUUUGACUAGUAAACACUCCUUGAACUAACUUUUAUAAGGCCUCUAGCAAUAUAUCGUACGGUAGUCAAAUAUUAGGGAAGUUCUAUCCUAGUCGAACAAGAAGUUAAUCAAACAUUAAUCCAAUAGAGGUUUUAGUAGCUAAACUGGGAUGAUGACCCCAAAGGUAACCACACCGACAUUGCCUUCCUCUUACCAACGCAUUUUGCUUCCGUCUGUAAUUCUUGGGGCUUUUGCUACACAGCGUUCCAGUAGAUUGUUCUAGAACCAUUACUUGGUCAACAGUAACAGCCUACGCAUUAUGUUGAAUCCUGCUAUGAAAGAAUCUGCCUGUCUCUGUUUGGCUGUCGGCUGCGGACUCUCCCUCCCUCCCUCUCCCCACUGUGACACGGAGGAGGGAGAGAUGCAUUCUGAGAAGCACAAGCAUCUGACCGUUGCUCAAAAUGCUAUUGGUAAAAAGACAGCUUUCAAUGAACUACUGUUGUAGUUAGUCUCCGCUCUGAGAGUGUGUCAUGGCGAGCUUUCUGAGAGUGUAUAACGGCGCGCUUUCUGAGAGUGUGUCAUGGCGAGCUUUCUGAGAGUGUGUCAUGGCGAGCUUUCUGAGAGUGUCAUUUAUUUCUCACCAGUUAAUAUUGAGUUCUUGUCACCAGUAACUCUGUGAGGCCAUGCAAUCGUGGGUAUAUACAGGAGGACAGGAGGGGACUGAGGACGCACCCUUGUGGGGCUCCUGUGUUGAGGGUCAGUGUGGAGGACGCACCCUUGUGGGGCCCCUGUGUUGAGGGUCAGUGUGGAGGACGCACCCUUGUGGGGCCCCUGUGUUGAGGGUCAGUGUGGAGGACGCACCCUUGUGGGGCCCCUGUGUUGAGGGUCAGUGUGGAGGACGCACCCUUGUGGGUUCCCUGUGUUGAGGGUCAGUGUGGAGGUGGUAAUGUUGCCUACCUUCACCGUCUGGGGCUGGUCCGUCAGGAAGUCCAGGACCCAGUUGCACAGGGAGGAGUUCAGGGCAGAGAGCUUAGAGGGCACUAUGGUAUUGAAGGCCGAGCUGUAGUCCGUGAACAGCAUCCUCACAUAAGCAUUCCUCUUGUCCAGGUGGGUAAGGGCAGUGUGCAGUGUAAUGGCGAUUGCGUCGUCCGUGGAUCUGUCGGGCGGUAGGUGAAUUGGAGAGGGUGGAGUGUCGGGGCGGUAGGUGAAUUGGAGAGGGUCGAGCGGUAGGUGAAUUGGAGAGGGUCGAGCGGUAGGUGAAUUGGAGAGGGUCGAGCGUGUCGGGGAGGGAGGAGGUGAUAUAGUCUUUGACUAGCCUCUCAAAGCACUUCAUGAUGACAGAAGUGAGUGCUACUAGUCGGUAGUAGUUCAGUUACGUUCCCUUUCUUGGGCAGGGGGAUGAUGGCGGACAUCUUGAAGCAGGUGGGGAUAGAGGCCUGAGCUAGGGAGAGAUUGAACAUGUCAGAACACAACAGCCAGCUGGUCUGCACAUGCUCUGAAGGCACGGCUAGGGAUGCCGUCUGGGCCGGAAUCCUUGUGAGGGUUAAAACGUUUAAAUGACUUCCAUACGUCCUCCGUGGAGACUGUGAGUGUAGCCACGUUGUCUCCUCGGCAGCUAAGGGGCAUUGUGCUGACUCUUGAGAAAAAGCUGUUUAACUCAGCCGGUAGGGCGGCGUAGGUGUCCAUUGCUGGGUUUCUUUUUGUAGUCUGUGAUCGUCAGGAGCUUCUACCACAAACGCCUUGUGUCCGACCCCUGAAUUCCUCCUCCUCUUUGUCUCUAUACUUGUGUUCCACCAUCUUGAUCAAUCUGUGUAGGUCGUAUUUGUACUGUUUAACCAAACUAUUAUCCCCGGUCACCCUGCCGUUUUUAUAAGCAGCAUCUUUCUCCUUCUGUUUUCAGACAAGGCUGCUAUCAAUCCACUGUUUUUGAUUCGGAUUAGUUUUGAAAGACACCAAUCGGUAUCAGGUCAUCUAUGCAUGUUUUUUAUGAAUUCGAUGACUGAGUCAACUGGAACAUAUAUUCCAGUCCACAUGAUCAAAAGUCUUGGAGCAUGGAUUCUGAUUGGUCAGACAAGCGUUGUACAGACCUGACCACCAGAACAUCCCUCUUGAGACUGUUUGUAGGCGGGGGGAGCAAAAUGGAGUCAUGGUCAGAUUUGCCGAAAGGGAGAUGGCCUUCUAUCCGUGUCACAGUGUCCCCUGUAGCUCAGUUGGUAGAGCAUGGCGCUUGCAAUGCCAGGGUUAUGGGUUCGUUUCCCACGGGGGGCCAGUAUAAAAAUGUAUGCACUCACUAACUGUGUUGCUCUGGAUAAGAGCAUCUGCUAAAUGACUAAAAUGUAAAAUGUCCAGCAUAAAACUUCUGCGUUGGACAGUCUGUUUUUAUAGUAAUUCGGGAGCACGGUUCUCAAAUUACUUUUGUUAAAGUCCCCCGCGACAAUGAACGGUCUCCAGUUUGUUCAGGGUCCAAUGAAGAUCUUUUGAGAGCAUUUUUGGUGUCUGCUUGGGGCGGGAUGUGCAAAGCCGUGGCGAUAAUCGAUUGGUUAUGCCACGUGUUCCAAACUGUAUCAGACGUGGCGAUAAUCGAUUGGUUAUGCCACGUGUUCCAAACUGCAUCAGACGUGGCGAUAAUCGAUUGGUUAUGCCACGUGUUCCAAACUGUAUCAGACGUGGCGAUAAUCGAUUGGUUAUGCCACGUGUUCCAAACUGCAUCAGACGUGGCGAUAAUCGAUUGGUUAUGCCACGUGUUCCAAACUGUAUCGGACGUGGCGAUAAUCGAUUGGUUAUGCCACGUGUUCCAAACUGCAUCAGACGUGGCGAUAAUCGAUUGGUUAUGACACGUGUUCCAAACUGUAUCGGACGUGGCGAUAAUCGAUUGGUUAUGCCACGUGUUCCAAACUGCAUCGGACGUGGCGAUAAUCGAUUGGUUAUGACACGUGUUCCAAACUGUAUCAGACGUGGCGAUAAUCGAUUGGUUAUGCCACGUGUUCCAAACUGCAUCAGACGUGUGGACUAUUCAGAAGGAGGGUGGGUGCGAAGAGGCAUCCCCAAAAAAAAAAGAAUAUAUCCAUCACAUAGCAGUACGUUAUUUUUUUGUUUCCACGAGUGCGUUUACUGCCAACUGGGCCCAGGUCGUUGCUGCCCCCACGGGGGGCCAGUAUUAAAAAAUAAUAAUAAUAAUAAUAAUGUAUUCACUAACUGUAAGUCGCUCUCGAUAAGAGCGUCUGCUAAAUGACUAAAAUGUAAAUGUAAAUGAGAAUGUGUUCUCAGUCAACUUACCUGGUAAAAUAAAUCAAAAAUAAAUAAACUGGGGACAUGGGCUAGGAACCCUGUGAGGUGAGUUGGAUAUACCAAUUGCCAGAAUAGCCAGCAACGUUGUUCAAUGGGAUCCCUCCAUUGGUGGAGCCAAAACCAGAUUACGGGAGACAUGGACAUUUUAAUAAAAUAGUCAAUAGGCCAAUAUGCACAGAUGUCAGCAAAUUCUCUGAAGAGACAAGAUCUCUAAUUCUGGAUCCUAUUUUGACCGUUUGCACAUCAAAAUAUAAAUCAUGCAUUUCCUGGAUAUGUUAGAUGAAAUGGCUGAAUUUUGUUUUAUCAUAGGCUACCAUCUCAGUUGUCCUACAUGGCACUGGAAAAAACUGUCUAGAGCCCAGACACUAAUGUCAACUAACUGUCCAUUCACUUUUUUUUUAAAUCGUAUUUGUUAUCGCACAAAAUAGUUAAAUUGAUGGCGAUAUGAGUGUUUGUCCAUAUGGGCCUGCUCUAAGUGUUGUAUUGUAGUUAAGGAUGACCAGAACCUGGGACUAACCCGUCUGUUCCUCAGAUGGUGUCAGCUCUGAGCGGCCAGCUGGACCAUCUUGUGGAGAGGAUCAUGGUGAUUGACUGUCGCUACCCGUAUGAGUUUGACGGGGGUCACAUCAAAGGAGCCCUGAACCUCCACCAGGAGGAACAGGUUGAGGAGUACCUCCUGCGCAGCCCCAUCGCCCCCCUCUCCCCCGACCGCAGGGUCCUCCUCGUCUUCCACUGUGAGUUCUCUUCCGAGCGGGGUCCCAGGAUGUGUCGCUUCGUACGCGAGAGGGACAGGACGAUGAACGAGUACCCUAACCUGCACUACCCAGAACUCUACAUCCUCAAGGGGGGCUACAAAGAGUUCUUCCCUCACUUCCAGGUAAAACACAAUCCACAAUCAUACAUGUAAACAUUUUGAUGGCCUUAUCAAUAAAUAAUCAAAAGUGAAUUCAUUGAAAUGGUCAUUUAAUAUUUUUAACAAAAGCCAUUCAGUUAGGAUACAGAGUUUGGCUACUAGACAUUUAUUUACUCACAAUGCAUUAGUGGAGAUCCCUUUACUAGUGUGGAUCUAACCUAUUAGAGUGGUUUUAACUGGUCUCUCUGUGUGUCUGUUAGAUAGUGGUUGUAACUGGUCUCUCUCUGUGUCUGUUAGAUAGUGGUUGUAACUGGUCUCUCUCUGUGUGUCUGUUAGAUAGUGGUUGUAACUGGUCUCUCUCUCUCUGUGUCUGUUAGAUAGUGGUUGCAACUGGUCUCUCUGUGUCUGUCAGAUAGUGGUUGCAACUGGUCUCUCUCUGUGUCUGUUAGAUAGUGGUUGCAACUGGUCUCUCUCUCUGUGUGUCUGUCAGAUAGUGGUUGCAACUGGUCUCCCUCUCUGUGUGUCUGUCAGAUAGUGGUUGCAACUGGUCUCCCUCUCUGUGUGUCUGUCAGAUAGUGGUUGCAACUGGUCUCCCUCUCUGUGUGUCUGUCAGAUAGUGGUUGCAACUGGUCUCUCUCUGUGUGUCUGUCAGAUAGUGGUUGCAACUGGUCUCUGUGUGUCUGUCGGAUAGUGGUUGCAACUGGUCUCCCUCUCUGUGUGUCUGUCAGAUAGUGGUUGCAACUGGUCUCUCUCUGUGUGUCUGUCAGAUAGUGGUUGCAACUGGUCUCUCUGUGUCUGUUAGAUAGUGGUUGCAACUGGUCUCUCUCUGUGUCUGUUAGAUAGUGGUUGCAACUGGUCUCUCUCUCUGUGUCUGUUGGAUAGUGGUUGCAACUGGUCUCUCUCUGUGUCUGUCAGAUAGUGGUUGCAACUGGUCUCUCUCUCUGUGUGUCUGUCAGAUAGUGGUUGCAACUGGUCUCUCUCUCUGUGUGUCUGUCAGAUAGUGGUUGCAACUGGUCUCCCUCUCUGUGUGUCUGUCAGAUAGUGGUUGCAACUGGUCUCUCUCUCUGUGUGUCUGUCAGAUAGUGGUUGCAACUGGUCUCUCUGUCUGUUAGAUAGUGGUUGCAACUGGUCUCUCUCUGUGUCUGUUAGAUAGUGGUUGCAACUGGUCUCUCUGUGUGUCUGUCAGAUAGUGGUUGCAACUGGUCUCUCUGUGUCUGUUAGAUAGUGGUUGCAACUGGUCUCUCUCUGUCUGUCAGAUAGUGGUUGCAACUGGUCUCUCUCUCUGUGUGUCUGUCAGAUAGUGGUUGCAACUGGUCUCCCUCUCUGUGUGUCUGUCAGAUAGUGGUUGCAACUGGUCUCCCUCUCUGUCUGUUGGAUAAUGGUUGCAACUGGUCUCUCUCUCUGUGUGUCUGUCAGAUAGUGGUUGCAACUGGUCUCUCUCUCUGUGUGUCUGUCAGAUAGUGGUUGCAACUGGUCUCUCUCUGUGUCUGUCAGAUAGUGGUUGCAACUGGUCUCUCUCUGUGUCUGUCAGAUAGUGGUUGCAACUGGUCUCUCUCUGUGUCUGUCGGAUAGUGGUUGCAACUGGUCUCUCUCUUUGUGUGUCUGUCAGAUAGUGGUUGCAACUGGUCUCUCUGUCAGAUAGUGGUUGCAACUGGUCUCUCUCUCUGUGUGUCUGUCAGAUAGUGGUUGCAACUGGUCUCCCUCUCUGUGUGUCUGUCAGAUAGUGGUUGCAACUGGUCUCCCUCUCUGUGUGUCUGUCAGAUAGUGGUUGCAACUGGUCUCUCUCUCUGUGUGUCUGUCAGAUAGUGGUUGCAACUGGUCUCUCUCUGUGUCUGUUGGAUAGUGGUUGUAACUGGUCUCUCUCUCUGUGUGUGUCAGAUAGUGGUUGCACCUGGUCUCUCUCUCUGUGUGUCUGUCGGAUAGUGGUUGCAACUGGUCUCUCUCUCUGUGUGUCUGUCAGAUAGUGGUUGCAACUGGUCUCCCUCUCUGUCUGUUGGAUAAUGGUUGCAACUGGUCUCUCUCUCUGUGUGUCUGUCGGAUAGUGGUUGCAACUGGUCUCUCUCUCUGUGUGUCUGUCAGAUAGUGGUUGCAACUGGUCUCCCUCUCUGUCUGUUGGAUAAUGGUUGCAACUGGUCUCUCUCUCUGUGUGUCUGUCGGAUAGUGGUUGCAACUGGUCUCUCUCUUUGUGUGUCUGUCAGAUAGUGGUUGCAACUGGUCUCUCUCUGUCAGAUAGUGGUUGCAACUGGUCUCUCUCUCUGUGUGUCUGUCAGAUAGUGGUUGCAACUGGUCUCCCUCUCUGUGUGUCUGUCAGAUAGUGGUUGCAACUGGUCUCUCUCUGUGUCUGUUGGAUAGUGGUUGUAACUGGUCUCUCUCUCUGUGUGUGUCAGAUAGUGGUUGCACCUGGUCUCUCUCUCUGUGUGUCUGUCGGAUAGUGGUUGCAACUGGUCUCUCUCUCUGUGUGUCUGUCAGAUAGUGGUUGCAACUGGUCUCCCUCUCUGUGUGUCUGUUAGAUAGUGGUUGCACCUGGUCUCUCUCUCUGUGUGUCUGUCAGAUAGUGGUUGCAACUGGUCUCCCUCUCUGUGUCUGUCGGAUAGUGGUUGCAACUGGUCUCUCUCUGUGUGUCUGUCAGAUAGUGGUUGCAACUGGUCUCCCUCUCUGUGUGUCUGUCAGAUAGUGGUUGCAACUGGUCUCCCUCUCUGUCUGUUGGAUAAUGGUUGCAACUGGUCUCUCUCUCUGUGUGUCUGUCAGAUAGUGGUUGCAACUGGUCUCUCUCUCUGUGUGUCUGUCAGAUAGUGGUUGCAACUGGUCUCUCUCUGUGUCUGUCAGAUAGUGGUUGCAACUGGUCUCUCUCUGUGUCUGUCAGAUAGUGGUUGCAACUGGUCUCUCUCUGUGUCUGUCGGAUAGUGGUUGCAACUGGUCUCUCUCUUUGUGUGUCUGUCAGAUAGUGGUUGCAACUGGUCUCUCUCUCUGUCAGAUAGUGGUUGCAACUGGUCUCUCUCUCUGUGUGUCUGUCAGAUAGUGGUUGCAACUGGUCUCCCUCUCUGUGUGUCUGUCAGAUAGUGGUUGCAACUGGUCUCUCUCUCUGUGUCUGUCAGAUAGUGGUUGCAACUGGUCUCUCUCUGUGUCUGUUGGAUAGUGGUUGUAACUGGUCUCUCUCUCUGUGUGUGUCAGAUAGUGGUUGCACCUGGUCUCUCUCUCUGUGUGUCUGUCGGAUAGUGGUUGCAACUGGUCUCUCUCUCUGUGUGUCUGUCAGAUAGUGGUUGCAACUGGUCUCCCUCUCUGUGUGUCUAUCAGAUAGUGGUUGCAACUGGUCUCUCUCUCUGUGUGUCUGUCGGAUAGUGGUUGCAACUGGUCUCUCUCUUUGUGUGUCUGUCAGAUAGUGGUUGCAACUGGUCUCUCUCUGUCAGAUAGUGGUUGCAACUGGUCUCUCUCUCUGUGUGUCUGUCAGAUAGUGGUUGCAACUGGUCUCCCUCUCUGUGUGUCUGUCAGAUAGUGGUUGCAACUGGUCUCUCUCUGUGUCUGUUGGAUAGUGGUUGUAACUGGUCUCUCUCUGUGUGUGUCAGAUAGUGGUUGCACCUGGUCUCUCUCUCUGUGUGUCUGUCGGAUAGUGGUUGCAACUGGUCUCUCUCUCUGUGUGUCUGUCAGAUAGUGGUUGCAACUGGUCUCCCUCUCUGUGUGUCUGUUAGAUAGUGGUUGCAACUGGUCUCUCUCUGUGUGUCUGUCAGAUAGUGGUUGCAACUGGUCUCCCUCUCUGUGUCUGUCGGAUAGUGGUUGCAACUGGUCUCUCUGUGUGUCUGUCAGAUAGUGGUUGCAACUGGUCUCUCUCUCUGUGUGUCUGUCAGAUAGUGGUUGCAACUGGUCUCUCUCUCUGUGUGUCUGUCAGAUAGUGGUUGCAACUGGUCUCUCUCUCUGUGUCUGUCAGAUAGUGGUUGCAACUGGUCUCUCUGUGUCUGUUGGAUAGUGGUUGUAACUGGUCUCUCUCUGUGUGUCUGUCGGAUAGUGGUUGCAACUGGUCUCUCUCUCUGUCAGAUAGUGGUUGCAACUGGUCUCUCUCUCUGUGUGUCUGUCAGAUAGUGGUUGCAACUGGUCUCUCUCUCUGUCAGAUAGUGGUUGCAACUGGUCUCUCUCUCUGUCAGAUAGUGGUUGCAACUGGUCUCUCUCUCUGUGUGUCUGUCAGAUAGUGGUUGCAACUGGUCUCUCUCUGUGUGUCUGUCUCUCUGUGUGUCUGUCAGAUAGUGGUUGUAACUGGUCUCUCUCUCUGUGUCUGUGUGUGUAGAUGCAGUGUGAGCCCCAGGGGUACCGAUCCAUGAACCACCAGGACUUUAAAGAGGACUUGAGAAAGUUCCGACUGAAGAGCAGGACCUGGGCCGGGGAGCGCAGCAAGAGAGAGCUGUACAGCAGGCUGAAGAAGCUAUGAUACCCCCCUACCAUACUGCCCCCCCUACCAUACUGCCCCCCUACCAUACUGCCCCCCUACCAUACUGCCCCCCCUAACCCCCUACCAUACUGCCCCCCUACCAUACUGCCCCCCUACCAUACUGCCCCCCUACCAUACUGCCCCCCCUAACCCCCUACCAUACUGCCCCCCUAACCCCCUACCAUACUGCCCCCCCUAACCCCCUACCAUACUGCCCCCCUACCAUACUGCCCCCCCUAACCCCCUACCAUACUGCCCCCCCUACCCCCUACCAUACUGCCCCCCUACCAUACUGCCC